ACGUUGUGCGCCGCCGCGAAAUAAGACCGGUCCGUCCGUCCGCCCGCAAGUCGGCAACUCACGCGUGCGCCGCCAGAGAAUAGAGGAGGAGGCAGAAACCACAGGGCGCGCUGGGGCAGUUGGCUGCCGAGAGCUGAUCUUUUCCGAGACGAGACGUCGUGAGCUCCCGUUGCAGUUUCUCUACACUCAGGUGAAACGUCGCCAAGCCCAACUCGCAGUUUCUGAAGUCGCCGUCGUCUCAGGAACACAUUCAUCUUCACCAUGUCUAACAAAAAAACUGACGAGCCCUACAAACGACCCCAGACAUUGACGCGUUGUCAGGAGAUCACCCAAUUUCUUUACAACAAAGAUACUCAUGAAGUGCUCGGCCGUACGGCAAAGAGUUGGUUCCAGAUCACGGUGUUUUACAUUGUGCUGUACGCCUUCCUGGCCGGAUUCUUCAUCGCUCUUCUCACCGUUUUCUAUCAGACGUUGAACGAUCACGAGCCAAAAUGGACAAUGGGUUCGAGCUUGAUCGGCAACAGUCCUGGUAUGGGAUACAGGCCCACUCACGCCGAUCCGGACGUCACAGUUAUCUCAUUCAAUGCAAAGGAACCCAAAUACUGGUCGGAUCGAGUUGAUGAUUUCCUAGGCCCCUACUACACAAUAGCGCCCAUGUCCGACAGCUACGCCGAGUGCAACUACGGAACUGCCAGCGCCGACCCAGUAACUCCGUGCAGCUUCAAAGUCGACUUGAACAAAUGCGCUCAGAACGAUUACGGUUUCGCCGUCAACAAACCGUGUCUUUUCCUGAAACCAAACAAGAUCUUCGGUUGGACUCCAAUUCCCUACACAAAGGAAGAAAUCGAAUCAGAAGAACUUCAAAUGCCAGCCAAUUUGAAGACAGCCAUUCUCAAACUUCCAACUGAUGUGAUUGAAAAGAACAUCUGGGUCUCGUGUUUGGAAGUGGAGAAUUUCAACGUCACUUUGGAAUACGAUACGCACAUCGGGUUCCCGUCUUACUACUUUCCGUACGCCAACCAAAAAGGUUACCUGUCGCCAUUCGUAGCUAUGCAAGUCGACAAUUUACCAGUGGGCACUACAGUUAAAAUCAGCUGCCGUCUGUGGGCCAAAAACAUCGUCGUUGACAAGCAACGCCGUUUGGGCAUGACUAAUCUGGAGAUCCUGUCCAACGCAUAAAUAUCUAAGCUAAUAUGAUCACUUCGUAAAAGUUUCCCAUCUGCGGUGGUUUGCACAAAAAAUAAUAAAUAGGCAUAAUUGUAUUUCCCUCUCUUUUUGACCGCCCUGCCUAACUUCUGCCAAAACAGAAAUUCAAACUAAAACAUUCAGCCACAGCGAACGACAUCAACGGAAAAAUACCAAACAAAAUAUAUAGCUAAAAUUCGAAGAAAAUCGAAGUCGUAGUGAAUUGAUUGGAGCGAGAUGAGCAUAUGGAAAAUAUACAUUUUACCUUCAUCCUA